AGGCGCAGAGAGGACGCCAUGUGCUUUUGAGGCUGAGAGGCUGGAAGCUGUGACAGACUUGGCUUGUUUUAGUUUUUAAGGAACCCGGGAUUAAACGGCUCCAGUUUACAUUUAUCAUGUACUGCACCAGACAAUGCCUCCGGACCGCGCUGCGGGCCGCAGCGAUCACACACCGGCAACAGCUGCUGCGGCAAGCACCAGCCUUGUGUGCACUCCGACUUCUGAAGACCAGUCCAGCAACCCACUCAGACGCCAUCGCCACCCCUCCACUAGACGGUGCACCCAAAGAGUAUUCCCCCAAAAUCAAACAGCUCGUCAAUGACAUAGCCAGCCUCACUUUAUUAGAGGUGUCGGACCUCAACCAGCUCCUCAAGAAAACUCUAAACAUUCAGGAUGUUGGAAUGAUGCCGAUGGGGGCGAUGGCUGCAUCAGCUGUACCUGCGGCUGCAGCAGAAGAGGAAGAGGCACCAGUCAAGAAAGAGAAAACUCACUUCACAGUAAAAUUGACGGACCUAAAGGCAGCAGAUAAAGUUAAACUUAUAAAGGAAGUGAAGAACUGCAUCCAAGGCUUGAAUCUGGUGCAGUCUAAGAAGCUAGUGGAGGCUCUUCCCCAGGAAAUCCGGGCCAACGUAGCCAAAGAAGAGGCAGAGAAACUGAAAGCAGCCUUGGAGGCAGCAGGCGGCACCGUCGUUUUGGAGUAGAUCUACGUGCCCACUUGUUCUCCACCUUUUGCUGCCAUGCACUUCAUUCUAUAGUUUCUUUUUUUUUUUUUUUUUACAUGACAAGAGGAGCAUCCCGGGAAACAAAGAAAUGCCUUCUGACAUUAAUAUUGUCUCUAAACAGCAUCAGGUGGGGCAGUACAACUCAAACUGAACUUUCCAGGCACACAGCCUGCACAAACGGCCGUCCCGCUGUUUGCUUGUCCUUUUGUCUGCUCAUGUGUCUGUCUGAUACUUGUGUAGCAAACAAGCUACAGAAAUACUGGCCUGGGUGCCAAGUAAGUCAGUUGGUCAUUCUGUUUGUGUAUGUUUAACCUUUCACAGAAGGAAAGAUUAUGCUGUAGGGACAUGGUACCAUACCCCAUAAUGAAGAACAUCAGAUACUGUAUCUAUUUCAGGGGAUGGAAAAGUUGAGUCCUUACUUAAAGAAUUGUUAAUAAUGUGAUUAAAGUUGAAAUAUCCAUA